UCAGAUGCUGUGCAGUGCGCGCGCAUGAUGUUCAAAAGGAUGUUGAGACGAUUCGCUUUUGUUUUGGUUUGAUCAGCUGCAUAGAAGAUCGCUGGUGGUCUUUGAGCCCUGUUUUUCCUGAGAACGUCGAGAUUAUCAUCAAGGUCGCUUCGUCAAGGCCAUAGCAGCCAUGUUUGGAAAGUGGUAAUGCAUAGCUGACUGAGAGGACGGAGUGCUUCUUACUUCCAUCAACGCUUGUUACCGAGCAUAGUCUACAACCUCAUUUGCUGUCCUUUCCUGACCACAUCUUGCCUGUCCCGACAUGGCUGGAGUAGGUGGACCGCAAUCUCCUUUGGACAUGAAGCCGGACACAGCAACUCUGAUGAAUGCAGUUGGAUUCGGUCCGGGGUCCCUCGGAGGUCCCAACAGCCCAGGCAUGCCGCAGGCGUCCUAUUUAGGGGACCGAGGCAAGGCUGGCGCAAGCAAUGGCGAAGCAUCCAACGCAACGUACCCUCCAAACCAUCCACUCAGCGGGUCUAAGCACCUGUGCUCCAUUUGUGGGGACAGGGCUAGUGGAAAACAUUAUGGGGUGUUCAGCUGCGAGGGCUGCAAGGGCUUCUUCAAGCGGACGGUGCGCAAAGACUUGACGUACGCUUGCCGUGAGGAGAAGAACUGUAUCAUCGAUAAACGACAACGCAACAGAUGCCAAUACUGCAGAUACCAAAAAUGCCUACAAAUGGGCAUGAAGCGCGAGGCGGUGCAAGAGGAGCGGCAGCGCACGAGGGAGAAGAACGAGGCGGAGGUUGAGUCGACAAGCAACUCGAUGACCGACAUGUCGCUCGAGCGCAUCCUGGAAGCAGAUCGGCGUAUCGAUUUAAAAGUUGAGUUGCCGCUGCCGGAGGAUCCGCGCGAUCCAAACGCGGACAUGAGCAAAAUCUGCAAAGUAACUCACACCCAGCUGGUGCAUCUGGUUGAGUGGUCCAAACACAUCCCACAUUUCGCGUCGCUGCCCCUUGAGGACCAGGUGCUACUGCUCAGGAACGGCUGGAACGAGCUGUUGAUUGCCGCCUUCUCACACCGCUCGAUCGACGUCAAGGAAGGCCUAGUUCUCGGCGACGGACUGACCGUGUACCGUGAAUCAGCACACCAGGCCGGCGUGGGCAGCAUCUUUGACCGUGUACUCACCGAGCUGGUAUCCAAGAUGCGCGAGAUGCGCAUGGACCACGCUGAGCUGGGCUGCCUGCGCACCAUCAUCUUGUUCAAUCCAGACAUCCGGGGGCUCAAGUCGCAGCCGCAGGUGGAGAUGCUACGAGAGAAGGUGUAUGCCACACUUGAGGAGUACACACGCCACACGCAUCCUGAGGAGAACGGCCGCUUUGCUAAGCUACUGUUGCGUCUUCCUUCGUUGCGCUCCAUCGGGCUCAAGUGCCUCGAUCACCUCUUUUUCUUCCGGCUUGUCGGCGAUUGCCCCAUCGACUCGUAUAUCUCCGAAUUGGUUGAACAUCAGCAUAACCAGGACGUGUAGACUCUCGAAUCUUGGAGGCCAGCUUUCUCAUUCGCACUCCCAACUGGAUGGACUCACGUCAAAUCUACAUAUGUGUUUUAACUUUGGAUGUUAACCUACUUGUUAGAUAAUUGAUGUCGCCUCCGGCUGAUUACCUUAGCUACUGGUCAAUCCUCCCUUCGUCGUUAAACCUGGCUCUGACUUUCGGAUCGUCACUGAAUCGCAUGGGCCCGCUGAAGAACUUUCGCACUGAGGACGUCAUCGAAACACAUCCUUGUGAAGCCAAAUUAAGCGUAAUAGGACCAACUACCUAAUGGACUUAGUUUCAGUUUUGAACGUGUUUUGUUGCUUGAAUGCCUCAAGUUGUUGUUCCUGGCAGCGUGAGUCAUUCCGCUCGACCCAUCAGAGCAAUGUAAUUUUCUACAUGGCAUUGAUUCUCAAAUCCAUUUAGUGAAUUUGCAAGACCCUGGAAAGGCCAAACUUGGCCAUAGCCGUCGCAGUUGUUAAAUAUAUAAAAAUAUACAAUCAUAUAUUAUUAUCAUGCAAAAUAACGACUAUUUUUCAUCAUUCUUGCAUAGAAGACUUAUAGCUUAUAAAUUAACUAACCUUGAACAAUAAUUUUUGCAUUGCCCUAUCAUGAGUUGGGAUUGUUACUUAAUUGUAUAAUUAUAGUUUUCAUAAUUAUACACCACGAGGCACUCUAUUGGGUUGUUAUUUUAGCUGCUCUUUCAUUAUUCGUUUAAAUGUAAGAAUAAUAUUUUUGGUUUGGGAUCCAACUUGAUAUUACGUGCUUCUGUAAUAAUUUUUAUCUGAGGGCGAAAUAAGUUAGGCGCACCCUUGUUUUAGGUUUCACAGCACAUCUCCCACUACUAGAACGCAAACUCGUUCGUCACUUUGUCAAAACAUGAGUGUGUAGGAUCUUCGAUGGUGGAAGGCCUGUUGUUUUGUCACCAGCACUAAUUUGGAAGCACAGAAUUCACCUUUUAUCGCAACUACCUGUUAACAUGUAACGGCCAACUUAAUUGUGGUGUUGACAAAAGUAAGACUGAAGAUGCGUUUUAUCUACAUAAUUGACAAAAAUAUGAAUUGUUUUGGUGAGUUCGAAGGGCCUAAAUUUCGUGCUUAAAAAAACGAGGUUUAUUUUGUCAGCAAUCACGACUUUGUGAAUUGUGUAUCAACUGGCAAUGUUUGUUGGCUUACACUUUUCUCAAUAAACAUGUUUAUUCGGCAAUUCUA